AUGGGCCAACUGCAAGGAAAGUAUCUACACUGGGCUGUGACGGCUGCAAGCUGUCAGGCUUUUCUUUUACUCGGUUAUGACCAGGGUGUGAUGAGCGGGCUGGUCGGGGCUGAUAAUCAGUUCGGGAUGACGUUUAAUAAUCCCGAUAGUACGAUGCAGGGUCUAUUGACCUCGAUCUAUGAUAUCGGGUGUGCAAUUGGCUGUCUCUUGAGUUUGGUCAUUGGCCACCAAUUCGGUCGACGCAAGAUGAUCAUGGCAGGUGGUUCAAUCAUGAUUAUUGGCACUGUCAUCCUCGGUAGCUCUUAUACUACAGCCCAGUUCCUCGUCGGUCGGGUUGUCACCGGUCUUGGAAAUGGUAUCAAUAGCAGUACUGCUCCGGCCUAUCAGUCCGAACUAGCCCGCCCGGAAAUGCGUGGUAUGCUCCUUUCCGCGCAGGGAACGGUGACAAUUCUCGGUCUUUGCAUUGCAUACUGGCUAGACUAUGGGCUCAGCUUCGUGGAUACACCCAUGAUUCCGCUUCCUGAUUCGCCUCGUUGGCUCUGUGAGCAAGAUCGCAGUGAUGAGGCUGCUUCUGUUCUGGCACGUCUUCAGAUGGAUCAGCCUGCCAACCAGUCUCAUCCUGGUGUUGUUCAUCUGCGUCGUCAGACUGAGACCUCUAUUGAGAUUGAGUCUGCUGGUGGUCCUUUCGAAUAUAAGGAGCUUUGGUCGGGUGGUCAGAUGGGUAAUCUUCGUCGAAUGAUUUUGGCUGCUGUUGUCAAUAUUCAACAGCAGUUCACAGGUUCCAACAUGAUCAACUACUACGCACCUAUCGUCUACCAGAACGCAAUGCAUCUAUCUCGCAAUCUUUCCCUGAUCCUCGGCGGCUGCACCUCCCUCACAUACCUCGUCGGAUCAAUAAUACCCCUAUGGAGCAUGGACAAGUUCGGCCGACGAGCAUCACUCAUGUUCUCUGCUGCCGGCCUCUGCUUCUGCUUCGUCAUGACUGCCAUUCUGCUUUCGAUUGGUACAACUUCAUGUGCAUAUGCAGCUACCGUUUUUGUAUUUAUAUUCCAGUUGUUCCUUGGUAUUGGAUACUUGCCAGUUCCGUGGUUCUAUCCUUCUGAGAUCUCGACUACGCGCAUUCGAGCACGGUCUCAGGCGUUUGGUGGUUUUAUCCCUAUGGUCUAUUUCUUUUUCCCCGAGACCAAAGGACCGGAGCUCGAGGAUGUAGACCACCUGUUCGACAGAGGAAGACUGGAGAGAACAGUGGAAUCCGGGGCCCCAGGAUUUCUCCGCCAUUUCAACGAUUUCACCCAUGGAACCUCGCUGUCUUUUGGCCCGAGAUCGACACUUCGGGUGCUAUCAGCCCGGAGUAGCCCGUGGCACUACGCAUUUGGCGCAAAGCUAACCCUUUUCAAGGCAUCCCGGGGAGACCCCGCUUGCUUACUCUAUACUUCGGGCCGAGUGGUUGUUCACAAGCUUCCGGGGGGCUUCGGACCAGGCGGGAGGGCACCAGUGGCGCUCUUCAGGGCCAAGGUCGGGUUGUAUGGAUGUCCAUGCCGAUGUUGGCUUCUGUGGUAA